AUGGCAUCCCAAAGUCCCCUCGGAGGAGAUGGUCCACCCUCUUUUGCAAAGAUUGCCGCAAUGGCCACGACCUCCAACCCCCCAACUUCUUCAGCAUCCGAUGAGAACGAUAUCGGCCAAUCGGUGACCUCAUCUUCUCGCGCGGAAGCGCAUGACCCGAGUACCAAUUGCCCCAGUCAGCACACCCUGGAAAAAACGCCAGAGGCCAACUACAUUGACCUGGCUGUUGAGGACCUAGGAAGAGGGGUGCAGGAUAUUGGGAUUACUCUUAGCAAGCACCGUGCAGGCUCAGACACUUUCCUUGGUGGUCAGGAAAAUGGCUUGCUCAAGCGAGAGAACUCCUUUGAUGAUGACCGUACUCAUCUUUCUACGUCCUCUACGAAAAUGACCAAUUUCGACUCGAAGAGUCUUGCUUCUGUGACCACUUUCGCAAUGGAUGAAAAAGACUCUGUGCGUCCUGAUGACAGUGCGAGCGUUCAAGCCAUUGACGAAGAGGAUGCACUUUCUGGUCCUGCCUCGGGCGCUACAAACUCAAUAGCAGGCUCGGAAUCUGACGGUCGUGCAUAUCGUGACCAUUAUCGCGAUGGCAUCUCUCUACAGCCACGCGGUAUUCUUUCUGUUCCUGGUCCUCUAUUUAAUGGCACUGAGCCUGGCAAUGGCAUGAUUCUCCCAGAUUCAGUCGCAAACAACUUCGUGAUUCCCACCGACCCGGACAGCAUCCAGGACGGUCAAAAUUUACAUGGAUUCCCACUUGAUCCAGACGAGAAGCUUUUGGAGGCAAUGAAAUCACCAAAAGAUCGUCUGUUGAUUCUGCAGCUGGAGGAGAAGAUUCGCCACUUCAUCAAGGACUCUAGUGAACAAUCGUUAGAGCUGCCUCCCUCAAACGCAUUUGGACGACUUCUUGCACACAAACUAGGGGAUUACUAUCAUUUGACACAUUUUGUCGACAACAAUGUAACAUCGGUCAGACUGCACCGAACGCCCUUUUGCCGACUACCCGCGCCUUUGGCAACUGUGCAUGCUUCCACCCACACUACGCCCCCUCCAACUGUUCCCGCAAUGAAGAUUAUGCGCCGAAAUGAUGUCGAACGACCCGAUGGAAGCAUCGGAGGCUCCUCAGCGCCGUCGAAGGCGACUUCAGAGGCAGGUGAUAGUGGUCAAGAUGGAGAUCGAAACGGAUCUUCAUCUGGUGCUACUCCCGCCAAAGAUCGAAUGAACAUGACACGAGAGGAGCGGGAAGCAAAAUACCACGAAGCCCGCGAGCGAAUUUUCCGUGACUUCCCAGACAGUGCCAAAUCAGACACAGCCAGUGGCGAGUCGAACCCCAACAUGUCGCGCUCCAGCUCAGUGAAUGGUCGCAAAAAGAACCAGAAACAGAGAACUCCGCAUGACGACAGUUUCGAGGUUCGCUCCCAGUUCAACGCCUAUUAUCCAGGUAUGCAACAUGGAAACGGUUCCGCUCCAUACAAUGUUGCCGCGAACGACAACUCAUACUCGAACCAAGUACCCUACUUGGUUGGUCCCGGUGUGCCCCUGCCUUCGGGUGGCUAUAUGCCAUCCGGUCAAAUCGGCGCCAUGUAUCCUGGGCAGAUGCAGGGACAAAUGCAAGGCCAGAUGCCAAACCAGAUGCCAAACCAGAUGCAGGGACAGAUGCCAAAUCAACUGCAGGGACAGGUGCCAAAUCAACUGCAGGGACAGGUGCCAAACCAAAUGCAGGGACAGGUGCCAGGCCAAAUGCAAAACCAAAUGCAGGGCCAGAUGAACAUGAAUGGCAUGCAGUAUCCUAUGGCCAUGUCGCCUCAAAUGACUCCCAAUGGCUCAUGGCAGGGGGGCAAUAUGUCGCAGCAAUCGCCGUAUUCUGGUUACGCUUCGAUGAACCAGCCGGGAAUGAUGAGCCAGCAAUCCUCAAACAAGUCCUCGCCGGCGAUGAACAACUACGCCGUCCCAAAUACCGCACCAUACCAGCAAAAUUCUAACUGGAACCCUCCGUCUUACCCUACAAGUUAUCAACAGGGCCAACCUCAAAGAAACGGCCCGCCUGUCCACUGGCCCGGCUAUCCCCAACAUCAGCAGUCCAUGCCGCCAAAUAUGGGCGGAUAUCCUUAUUCUCAGUACCCUGGCCAGCACCUGAACCCUACAAUGCAGAAUGGAGGAUACUCCAAUGCCAGAUCACACUUCAACCCACAGACCAGGUCAUUUAUCCCAGGUGGCGCACCCUUUAGUCGCCAUCCGAACAAAGUCCCCCAGCAUACCCUGCAGCCCUACAGCAACAUGCAACCCGGCCCCCAAAGCCAGUGGACCGGAUACCAUGAAGUCGCUCAAAAUCGGAACAUGGACCCUUCCGUAAACAUGGGUUCGACCCGUAUCCCUUCCUCGGGUCCCCGCGACUCAAUUGCUAAAUGGGGCACACCAUCUCACCUCCCCCUAAACCUCCACCAUCCGAAGUCCCCUCUGAGUUCGACAUGA